AUGGCUCCGAAUCGUACUGCACCAUCUAGAAGCAAGUAUAACUAUACAGAGGAAACACUUACAGGACGGCGCUUAUGUCCUCACUGUGACGGGAAGUUCAAGCCCCAGGGCUUCAAGAAGCACGAAGCAACCUGCAAGAAGCGUGCGGAUGUUGAGAGGGAGCAGGAGGCGUUUGGUCUCGAAUAUCAAAGGGACCAGCAACAAGCGUCUAUCCAGCGGCCCCUCGAAUUCAAAACGGAAUAUCAUCCAUCCAGUGGUCGUGAACCGCUGUUCCAAGCAUUUGAUGAGUUUCGCGUUAACGCACAUGAUGCUCCCGAUGGCCUUCGUGUUGAUGAAGAGCCAUGGCGCCCUUUCUCCUCACGAGGUGACUUUGAAUUUGCGGAAAUUGCUCUGGACGCUGCGCUUAACAAGUCGCAUAUUGAUGGACUACUAUCUCUGAUUGCCCGCAUCGCGAGAGGCCAGAUUAAAAUAACGCUGAAAAACGAUGCUGAUUUCUGCAAUGCAUUGCAUAGCGCGAGUACUCAAGUGACGCCGUUUACACAACACAAGAUUACUGUGCCAUACAAACAAGAGGAGCGUGUGUAUGAGGUCCAUUCUUUGCCCAUAUGGGAAUGGGCCCUUGAUUUACUAGAAAAUCCCUUACUCGCACCUCAUUUCGUCUGGGACGCUCAACGUGUAUUCAAACAUAAUAGUACGGGAUUUGAACGGUUUUACGAUGAACCGUGGACAGGCGAUCGAUGGUGGGAUGUCCAGUCCGGUCUUCCGCAUGGUCUUGUCGCGGCCCCCUUUUGCUUCAUAUUGUAUGCGGACAAGACAAGACUAUCAUCACACGGUACAGUAAAGGCGUAUCCCGUUGUGGUACGUUGUGCCAAUUUACCGGUAGGAAUUCGGAAUGGUGAGGGCAUUGGCGGCGGCCGUGUAGUUGGUUUGUUGCCUAUCGUUUCCGAAGACGCAAGCGAAAACGGCAAGACAGGUUUCACAAAUUUCAAGCAUGUGGUAUGGCAUGAGUCAUUUGUGAAGUUCUUGGAACUGGUCGCGCAAUACUCGAAGACAGGCUAUUCAUUCAAGUGCUUUGACCAGAUUCUGCGCUGGCUGUUUCCCAUCUUACUGAUACUUUCCGCUGACUAUGAAGAACAGUGUAUGAUGUCGCUGAUUCGUGGCCAACAUAGCAAAUGCCCGUGCCUGGUAUGCAUCGUACCACUUGACGAACUUCAUGAUCUCUCGAAGUCGUUUCGGUUGAGAUCAAUGCAAGACGCAAUAGCUGCACUUAACGUCUACGAGGAAAGCAAGGCUCGCGGUGAAGAACUGUUGAAGGCGCUAGGACUACGUCCUAUCAAGAACGUCUUGUGGAGUGUUUCGCACUCUGACCCUCAUGACGCGAUCAGUCUCGACCGCUUACAUGCUCUUCAUUUGGGAAUUUGGAAGCAUCUACUCAAUGAGUUGAAGAAGAUUCUCAAAUUCUUGGGACGUGAGGCAGAGUCGUUGUUUGAAGAGGAAAUUGCCGACUUCCCUCGAUGGCGCAAGUUAAAUCACUUCAACACCGUCAUCCACAUGUCAUUCAGCGAUGGAAAUAAGAUGCAGGAUUUGUCUAGACAAUCUCUCUACUCAGCAUUGAAUAUUUUGAAGCAAGCUGAUAGCCCAGACGGGUACCGACUGCUUCGUCUCAUCAGCAGCUACCUGCAGCUUGACAGUUAUAUUGGGUUAAAUGUGCAUACAACAAGCACGUUGAACGCCAUUGAAGCCGAAUUACUUGUUUUUAAUGAUGCACUCAAGGACUACGCGCAAUGCGCUGCAGAAUCUCCUAUCGAAGAUUUAAGAGUCGACUGGGACUUCCCAAAGACUCACCUCUGGAAACACGUGACCCGCGACAUCCGGAUGAAGGGCGCGGCAUGCAACUACAGUACUCGUCCAAAUGAGAAGCUUCAUGGCCCUUUGAAGGAGGCUUACGAGCGCCAAUCGAACAGAAAGAAAGUGGCUGAACAGAUUCUUCGUGUCAACCAAAAUAAAUUCGCAAUCAACCUGUUGAGAGGACGUGUUGACACAUUUGACAAGCAGCGCAACCUCGAGGACGAUGAAGUUGAUGAUCUGGACGCUGCGGCUCAAGACAAUCCAGCUGUUGCACAAGGACAUAUCAAACUUGGCUCGCCGCAGCAACUCAAAUCUAUCCAAGACAUCGAGAAUAUCUGUAGCCCGACUGACCGUGCUUUUCAAGACUUUCGUAGGAAGUUCUCCAGAUUUCUCAAUACAUCUUUGCCUGGGUAUGGAUAUGAACUGAGGAGAUGGAUUACCCUACCCGCCAAUUUCGAGAUUUGCGCACAUCACUACCUCAAGGUCAACUACGAGUCGACCGUUGACUGGAAACAAGCUACCGAUUACCUUCGGUGCAAUCCGAGUUUCCACGGGCAACCACGCUAUGACUGCGUGCUCAUACAGCUCAAUCCGGAAAGAUCAGUAUUCGUUAAGCUUAUACUCAUGUUCAAGUGCCAUCUCCCAGAUGUUGGGUCUUUUGAGUUCGCACUGGUCCAGCCAUAUACUGCGGGCACUGGUAUUUCUCGCAGAAUUGACUGUGAACUCAAGUUCACUCGUGUCAAGGCUGUUCCUAGAGCAAACUCCAUAUUUGUUCCGCUCGCAUCUUUCAUCCGUGGUGCUGUUUUGUUCCCUGACCGCGAACAUCAAGGUGAAUUUAUCGUUGUUGACCAUAUCGAUAGCGACAUGUUUCUUCGCAUGAAGACAUGGGCAUGCUGGUGA